CAACCAGAAGUGGCCUUACAACUAUAGUCUACGAUCAAGUAAUAACGAGGAGCUAUUUGGCCAGUGUUAGUGUUGGUCUGAGGUGGUGGUCAGCAUCAUGGAGAUAGUUAUGAACAUCCUGAAGAUGCCAGUGCCCAGUGGAGUGUCUGUGUCCGUGGGCCUGUUCAUGAUCUUCCUGGCUCUGCUCUACUGGUAUGCUACAUUCCCCUAUUCAGCCCUGGCUCGAUGUGGAAUCAGGCACCCCAAACCGUCCCCGUUCUUUGGGAACAUGUUUCUAUUUCGUCAGGGCUUUUUCGGUGUUCACACGGACCUGAUUCACAAGUAUGGGAGAGUAUGUGGAUACUAUUUAGGCCGGAGGCCCGUGGUGGUGGUAGCUGACCCUGACAUGCUCAGACAGAUCAUGGUAAAGGACUUCAGCACCUUCCCCAACAGAAUGACGAUCCGGUCUGCCACUAAGCCCAUGAGUGACUGUCUGCUGAUGCUGAGGAACGAGCACUGGAAGAGAGUACGCAGCAUUCUCACUCCCUCCUUCAGCGCAGCCAAGAUGAAAGAGAUGGGUCCUCUGAUCAACAUGGCCACGGACACCCUGCUCACCAACCUGCUUGGACAUGUCGAGUCUGCAGAGAGCUUUGACAUUCACAGGUGUUUUGGCUGUUUCACCAUGGACGUGAUAGCUAGCGUGGCCUUUGGCACCCAGGUGGACUCUCAGAAGGACCCAGAUGACCCAUUUGUUCACCACGCCCAGAAGUUCUUCUCGUUCUCCUUCUUCAGACCCAUCAUGUUCGUCUUCAUUGCUUUCCCAUUCCUGGCUCCUCUGGCCCGGGUCAUCCCCAACAAGAGGAGGGAUGAGAUGAACAACUUCUUCAUCAACUGUAUCCAGAAGAUCAUCAGACAGAGAGAUGAGCAGCCUGUUGAAGAGCGGCGGCGAGACUUCCUGCAGCUGAUGCUGGACACGCGCAGCACCAAGGAAUGUGUCCCUCUUGAACACUUUGAUGUGGUGAACCAUGCUGAUGAACUGGCCCACACACACGACUCCGGGGAACAAGAAAAUGGCGGCGCCGGCAGCCACGAGUCACCCAACAGGCGCUCGGUCCAGACCCAGAAGAGGAUGAUGUCGGAGGAUGAGAUAGUGGGUCAAGCGUUUGUGUUCUUCCUGGCGGGUUACGAGACCAGUAGCAACACGCUAGCCUUCACCUGCUACCUCCUGGCUUUACACCCAGAGUGUCAGAGCAAACUACAGGCUGAGGUGGAUGACUUCUUCACCAGAUAUGAUUCACCAGAUUAUACCAAUGUACAGGAUCUGAAAUAUCUAGACAUGGUCAUAUCUGAGGCUCUGCGUCUCUAUCCUCCAGGUUUCAGGUUUGCCCGGGACGUAGACGAGGACUGCAUGGUCAACGGACAGUUCCUACCGAAGGGAGCCACUCUGGAGAUCCCUGCAGGCUAUCUGCAUUAUGAUCCAGAGUACUGGCCCGAGCCAGAGAAGUUCAUCCCUGACAGGUUCACAGCGGAGGCCAAGGCCAGCAGACACCCGUUUGUGUACCUGCCGUUUGGGGCGGGGCCCCGCAGCUGUGUGGGCAUGAGGCUGGCCCAGCUGGAGAUCAAGAUGGCCCUGGUGCACGUCUUCAGGAAGUUCAACAUCGUGGCCAGCACAGACACUAAGGUUCCUCUGGAGUUGAAGUCUCACACCACGCUCGGUCCUAAGAAUGGCAUCUAUGUGAAAAUCACUAAAAGGGAGACAGAGGGAGAACCAGUGACUCCCCCUGCAGAAGAAGAAUAGAAGCUCUGUUCUCCUUUUUCUGCUCUUAUGACUCUUAUGAAACUGCUACAUCAUUCAUCCAAUGAGUGCUUAUUUAAAAGGAUAAACAUAAAGUAUCACUAACCUAGCCUGGUCCCAGAUCUGUUUUUGCUGUUUUGCUAACCGGGCUAGCAUUAACCUCUUCUUUAACUAGAAAAUCUCAAUUCACGUGCCUAUCCCUGUGUCUUGAUCCCCAAUGGACCGGGCUGAGUGAACAGAGGAACAGCAGCAUUACCAUGGUAAAUGACAAUUAGCACAUGAAAAGUGAGGUUGGGCCAGGGGCGGCUCACCUUUUUAAUCAGGCAGUGUGCUGGACAGAGGUCAACACCUCAUCAAGGCCGCAGAGGCCUCUGCCAGUGGCACAUCGAUCGACACAGUGAUUCUGCAGGACUAGCGAGAGAGAGAAAGAAGCAGGCUGGGGGAAAUCACAUGGCUCAUGUCUCCGCCCUAACAAUGGGAGUCGUUGUCCCGAAGGCGGGAAGGCAGGCGACAAGCUUAAGUCCAAAAAAAGUCCAUAGAAACGCAUUGGGCUUAUUUUGGCCAGAGUGAAACCUCUCGCUUCGCCUCUUCCUCUCUGGUUGGGGGGAGGGGAAGACUGUGGAAAAGGCUGUUUUGAUUACAUUAGAACAAGAACACAUUUUGACCUCUGUAUAAAUUCAUAUUGGACUAUUGAUGUUAACAUGAACUAUUAAAUCAUCACUGUAUGUCUAAUAAA